UGUGAUGUGAGGCCAAGGAGGGUGGGGAGACCCCUCAUGAGUUGGAGGAGCAAGCUUUGCAAGGAAUGAGUGAGACUGCUGAAAAAAGGGGCUGGUAAUCGUUUAGAGUACCCCUGUAAACGAUUACCCGAGAGAAAUUGGGAAUUUGUACAGAAAGUCCAACACAGGUACUCAGUCAGAUGAACAGAGAUCACCAUUGGACAAAAAAGUGACUUUUAUGGUAAUCUGCACCUGUCUGAGGCUUGUGCAGGUGUUCCAGUGGUGGGAGAGGGUGGAUGGUGAUGUGAUGUGAGGCCAAGGAGUGUGGGGUGACCCCUCAUGAGUUGGAGGAGCAAGCUAUGCAAGGAAUGAGUGAGAGUGCUGAAAAAAGGCUAUGGUAAUCGUUUACAGCACCCCUGUAAACGAUUACCCGAGAGAAAAAUCCAAUUUGUACAUAAAGUAUGACACAGGUACUCAGUCAGAUGAACAGGGGUCACCAUUGGAUGAAAAACUGACUUUUAGGCACCAUUUUGUAUGACAUAAAUAAAUUCAUUAUAACACACCAUUAAUAGAGAUUCAGUUACACAACAUACACAACAAAAUGAUACAUUGUACGUUUCAAAUAUUACAGUCAUCCAUGAAAUGGUGUUCAUAUAAAAUUACAGUUAUCCUAAACCCACUAUUGGUUGUCUGCUUGAUUGGACGUUGAUGGUUGGUCAGAUGGACGGACAAAUUUGCGGAGGAUGUCAUCCACAUUGAGUUCCUUCUCUGCCCACAUAGGAAGUCGAAUGACAGGUUUUGGUGUCUCCUUAACAAGGUCAAUUGUAGGAGGAGAAACUUAAGCUGGAAAUACCUUCACUAUAGAGCGAUGCGUAAUAUUGAGGUAGUGGUUUUGCCUAAAUGGAGUGAAGGGGUGGACCUAAAUGUACAAACAGAAUUUGUAAGAAGAAGAACACUUAAAUACCAAUAAAAUAAUUAUGGUAGUUAAGUACAAAUUAGAUGGCUUACAAGAUUGAGUAUGAUAACGGAACCAACUGCGAUAUUUUCUGCAAUUUCAGGAUCUUCAAGAGCUUUCUUGUGCAAGGAAGCCUUCAUCGUGGCAGUUGGGUCCUUAAGAGUCAACUGCAUAUCUCCCAACCCAUUGGGCUUGCACUCUUUCAAUAUGCAAACCACCAAUGGAAGGACCUCAGCUGAUUUUGCCUCUUGGAGGGAGUUAACGUUCUCGAAUUUUCCAUCCUUUACGAGACCUAUGAUAACAAAAUAUGAAAACAAAUUACAAGUAUUGAAGGUAAUAAUGUUCUUGGAAGCGUGUAUGAGAUUCAGUGUACCGUGGUGUUCAAUAAACAUCUGUGCCCAUUUCCAAGCAUUGGACUUGAAAUCUCGUUCAUAGGUUGCGUCAGCAACAUCACGAGCAAAUUCUUGUGUCGAUUUCGGUUGUUCUGUUCCCGUUCUAUUCAUGAAAGCUACUUGGAUGUUACCUGCAGGACCAGGAAUAAGCGUUGCGGAAGCAUCGCAUUUUUUCAAAAACGAUUCAAGGACAUCAUCAUCAUAAACAAGGUCUUCCCAUGCAUCCAUGAUUAUGCAGAAAUUUCCUGUGGACAUAAAAAUUGUAGGUUAAGGAAUAUACAUCAGUGGGAUGAUUAAAGAAGUCACUCACAACUAAAUAAUGGUAAACGGGUUACUGUCACCUGAUUCAAGCCUACAGAAUUGGUUUCUCCCCGAAUUUGAAAUACAAGUACGUGAACGAUGAAAUAAUAUGAAAUCAAUGAAACCAAAAAAAUAUUAAUAUUAUAUCUAUUUCCAUUAACUUAACUUAUUCAAAUCAAGUUACAUUAAUUGUGGGGAGAUAGUCUGACUUGAUGGGUAGCCUUUAAAAGUGAAAAGCAUUGAUUGGGGGUUAGGAGAGAGAAACUUUAUGCUGACAACCAUCAAUGCAUGCUUUCACAGGAUAACCAAAUACGUGUAUGACAAGGCAAAAAUAUGACCUUUUGGCGGGAAUACACAGCUGCGUCAACAACCAACGUUAGAAUCCAACGUUCACACUUAUUUCCAUUGACCAAGCACUUCCAAACAACUUACCCGGGUGUUCAUUAAAGAGAAGGGCCAAAACGAAGUUCGGAGGGUUGGUGAGAAGCACAUAAGGAUCAUUUAUGGUGGACUUAAAUGUAGAAGAUGAGGUUGGUUAGGACCCCUGAGCUUCAUUAAAGGGCACACCAUUUUUCACCAGGGUACGUUUUAAUAAGUUCUUCGAAAAAGAUUUUAUUUUCAUUAUUUUUGUAGUUGCCAGUGGUCAUAGUGGUAAGUGUGAUGAGUGAAUAUAAUUUGCUUUAUGUCUAAAGGUGGGUUUAAUGUCAACGCACACAAUGGAUGGGGAUCAAGGGAAUGACUAUAAUGACAAUGUUGAUGAGCCCAAUGAAAGUUUAAUGGAGAUUGACCCAAUAGUGCAUAUGUGUUUUGACUCAAUGGUUGAAGCAAAAACUUUUUACACAAACUACGCCAUUAGACGUGGGUUUGCCGUGCGGACUAGAACUUCUAAAAAAGAUAAAGACAACAACGUCUACUACCUCAGAAUAGUUUGUUCAAGGGAGGGAAAAUAUGUGUCUUCGGUCAAACCAGUGGUAAAAACACUUCCAAGUCAAAUUAACCAAUGUCCUGCUGGGAUAACCAUUGCAAAGAAGGAGGACAAGUGGUUUAUAAGGACCGUUGUUCUGGACCACAACCAUGAUCUUUGUCCAAAUAACUCCAAACUAUUUGCAGCCAAUAGAAAGUUAAGCAUGCAUGCAAAACACACGUUGCAGGUCAACCACGAUGCUGGAGUUAGGUUAAAUAAGAGUUUCCUUAGCAUUGUGAACGAUGCGGGGGGAUAUGAAAACAUGGACUUUGUGGAGCGGGACGCUCGAAACUACAUUGGCCAACACAGAAGAUCUUUAUGUAAGGAUGGUGAUGGUCAGGCACUCCUACGACACUUUUCGUCAAUGAAAGAUAGAAAUAACGAGUUCUUCUAUGACAUUGCUCUGGAUGAAGGGAAUAAAAUCUGUAGUGUGUUUUGGGCUGAUGCAAGAAGUCGUGCUGCAUGUGAAGAAUUCGGUGAUGUUGUUUCCUUUGACACCACUUACUUAACAAAUAAGUACGACAUGCCAUUUGCGCCUUUUGUUGGAGUUAACCAUCAUGGACACUCGAUUUUACUUGGCUGUGGAUUGUUGUCUUCAGAAGACACUGUCUCAUUUGUCUGGUUGUUCCAAUGUUGGCUAAGAUGCAUGCGUAAUAAGACUCCUCAAGGUAUUAUUACUGACCAAUGCAGAGCAAUGACCAACGCUAUUGAACAAGUGUUUCCUCAUACGAGGCACAGGUGGUGUUUAUGGCACAUCCUUAAGAAGUUGCCUGAAAAAUUGCACGGGUAUAGAAAUAAUCCCGUUAUCAAAACCGAACUACAUGCGCUUAUAUAUGAUUGUGUUUGUCCAACAGAAUUUGAAAAUGGUUGGAAGGAACUACUUACCAAACAUGGAUUGGAGGAAAAUGAAUGGCUAUGUAAUUUGUACGAAGAGAGACAUAAAUGGGUCCCGUGUUACUUGAAAAAAGAUUUUUGGGCAGGCAUGUCUACGACUCAGAGAAGUGAGGGAAUGAAUGCCUUUUUUGAUGGAUUUAUCAAUUCUACAACAACACUUCAACAGUUUGUGGUCCAAUACGACAAUGCACUUAGGGUAAAGGCGCAGAAGGAAAUAGAAGCCGACUUCUCCUCCAUGAACACCACUAUUGCAUGUGGUUCUCAGUCACCAAUUGAGAGACAAUUUCAAGUGGAAUACACACAUGCAAAGUUUGAGGAGGUCCAAACAGAAUUCCGUUCAAGGAUGAAUUGUUUCAUCAAAGACACCUUAAAGGAGGACUUGUGGAACACUUACACUGUAAAAGAGGAACGAAUGUGGGAGGGUAAUCGUGUACCGGAUAAAUUUUACAAAGUUCAAUUUGAUCCCAUCACACAGACAACCACUUGCUCUUGCCACCUCUUUGAGUUUAGAGGAAUUAUAUGUCGCCAUUCCCUGUUGGUAUUUGGCCAAGAAGAUGUUUACAGUGUUCCCUCACAAUACAUUUUGAGGCGCUGGAGCAAAAACAUUCGAAGAAGACACACACUAAUAACAGCAUCGUAUAGUAAUUCGACAAAUGAACCACGGAUGCAAAGAUACAAACUGUUGUGCAAACGUUUUUAUGAAAUUGCUGAAGUUGCAUGUGAGUCUGAGGAAACUAGUACUGAAUUGGAAAAAGAACUUAAUUGUUUGGGUACAAAAUUUGGAUUCAGUUCUUCCAUGACAAAUAACAUCAUCAGUGAUGCAGGCCAACUAAGAUACGAUAAUGGUGCAUGCACGUCAAUACCACUUACUCCAGUUGGAACAUCUGAUGUCCUUGUACACAGUCCUGCAACUGUUAAGCGAAAAGGACGUCCACGCACAAAUAGGUUGAAGUCCACUGUUGAGAAAAAAACCAAAAGAAGAAAGUCAACUUCAUUGACAAACACUUCAACACCACCCACCGAACAAUGCGGCGAAAGACCAAGUAAUGUUAUUGAAUGUGAUCACCGUGAACAAUUUGAAGCGGACACUAUCCAACUAUCACAAGAUACCGAAAUGGGUCAUUUUGGAUUUAUGUCGUUGUUGUCAGCUGUACAUAACAAUUUCGAUAACAACAUCAACUGAUAUAUACAACUUGUUUGCUGCUUAUUUUGUAACUUUUUUCUGUUUUUCAAAGUUAAAAUGGUCUUCCAUGAAAUUCCUUUAAUGAAUGUAUGUGAUGCAUAUGACCACACCAGUAUUUGAUGUUGUAAUCGAUUACGAGGCUCUUGUAAUCGAUUACGAGGCCAUUGUAAUCGAUUACGAGGCUCUGGUAAUCGAUUACUGUGUUCAGUUAAUUAAACCAAAUUAUCCCACUGCAUAACGUGUAUAACUUGCAAUCGUGUUCAUAACCGCCCAAAACACAUCCUUCCUCAAAUUCGUUUCGAAAACCUCUCUUCUCUCAAUGCAAAACCCUAAACGAAAUACAAUGGCUGAUCGUGGAACGAAGAAACAAAAGGCAUCUUCUUCCGUUGGUGGACGUCGCCGUCGCCGGAGUCCAACCCCAUCACCAUCGUCAUCCCCUCCUCCGCCUACCAAUGAUCUCUUCUCGUCGGAUGAGCAACAGGAGAAAUAUGCCCAACAUUUCGUAAAUCGGGAAAUUUUGGAGAGUAAGUAUCUAGAGGACGAAUACUUUCAAGGAAAAAAUUUUCAAUUCUAUGACAUAUUACACGAAGCUGGGCUGACUGAAUUUGUGUGUUUAAGAAGACAUUACCACCCACAAUUAGUCAGAGUGUUCUAUAGCAACAUGUCAAUAUCGGAUACGGGGGUUAUUCGAAGCGAAGUUAGAGGGGUCAAAAUUAGGGUGAGCCGUAAUCUUUUUCAACAAC